UCAUCCCCAUGGGGCAGAGGCGGAGGUGAGGGUGUGACUGAAACUCCUGCUUGGUCACAUGGGGAAGCCACGACAGGAACUGGGUGCUGGAGGAGGCAGAGAGGAGCCGAGAUGGAGGUGAUGGAGAAGCCCCCCCUGGGACCUGAGCCACCGACGCUCCUGAAGAGCUACCGAUGGCGCACAGCAGCACCCAUGGGUGCUGAGCGGGGCGCAGGGUCCCCAGGCAGCCGCCGCUGGACCCGCUUGCAGGGGUGGAAGCGCUCCUACAGCCACCCUGAAGCUGACGGACCCCAUGACGUGGUGGGACGGGGCAGCUCCAACCUAGGGGCACCCAAAGGCAGCACCCGCCGGUCCCUCUUCCAAAGGGCUUUUUCAGCACCCACCAAGGGGGCCAAGGAGAGCAGAGCACCCGAGGGUGGCAAAGCCGCCCUGCAGAGGUACCUGUGCUCCAUGGCCAAGAGGAAGGGGCAUGGGGAGAGUGGAGCCAGGGCUGAGAAGGUGCCUCUUGAUGCUGCCGCAGUGAGCACCCAUGGGACAUCAGCAGCCCUGCUGGCUCCAGCACCCAAUGGCCCCGUGUGGGACGUCUCCCACUUCUCACUGGUGGACGGACACUUGGUGCUGGUGGGCCGGGACGAGGAGGCCUCGUGCAGGAGCAGGAACUGGGUGGGGAGCUCCAUGGCUGAGAGCUUCAACGCGCACCCAGCAGGCAGCAGGAGGGACCCCGACCCUGCUGUGGACCAGCAGAGCACCCAUAGCCCAGGGAGAAGCCCCGAGAGCGACACCUCCCAGUUCCACAACGUCAAGGGGCUCCUAUGGAAGAGGCUUUGGGACCGCAAGGGACGUGGUGGUGGCCCCGGCAGCGACAGGGUCCCCAGCCGCUGUGGGUCCAGGGAGUCGCUGCUGCCAGCACCCAGCGUGCCCGAGCUGGACCUCAAUGGGGACAACGUCCUCGUGCGGCCCCUGCACGGCAGCAUCGUAGGGGAGAGGUUCUGCUUCCAGGUGAUCACGGCCGAGGGCAGCCGCUCCUUUGGGUGCACGUCCCUGGCCGAGCGCGACCGCUGGAUCGAGGAGCUGCGCCGCGCCGCGCAGCCCAACAAGGAUAGCUGCGAGCGCCUGGAGCUCUCCCUCACCCUCUGGGUGUACGAAGGCCGGGACCUACCCCCUCGGCGGCGCCUCCGUUGCCACCUCCACCUCGACGGCUCCCUCUUCGCCCGCACCACGGCCAAGGUGGCCGGGCCCGAUGGAGACCUCUUCUGGGGCGAACUCUUCCAGUUGGGCGCCCUCCCACCCACCCGCGCCCUCACCCUCGCCCUGUGCCACGAUGAGGACCCAACUCAACCGGUGGCCUCCAUCACCAUCCCCUUGACCGAGCUAUCGGGUGCGAGGCAGCCCAUGGAGCGCUGGUACCCAUUGGGAGGCCCCGGCGAGCGGGUGCCGGCGCUGCGGGUGCGCGGGCGCUACCGGGAGGUGCGGGUGCUGCCCAUCGUGCGCUACAAGGAGCUGGCUGAGUUCAUCACCUUCCACUACCGGGAGCUCUGCGCCCAUCUGGAGCCCGUCAUUGCUGCAAGGCACAAGGAGGAGCUGGCCGGCGCCUUGGUCCGCGUCUUGCAGAGCACUGGGAAGGCCAAGUCAUUCCUCAUCGACCUUGGUGUGACGGAGCUGGAGCGCUUCGAUGACCGCGAGGCCCUCAUCUUCCGGGAGAACAUGACCACCAAGGCCAUCGACGAGUACAUGAAGCUGGUGGGGGGCAAAUACCUCCAGGACACACUGGGUGAGGCUGUGGCCCAGCUCUGCACCUCGGAGGAGAGCUGUGAGGUGGAUCCCAGCAGAUGUGGUGGCCUCGACCUCUCUGACAACCAGAAGAACCUGCAGCAGGUCUGCGAGGAGACCUUCCAGCGCAUCGCUGCCUCCUGCGACACCUUCCCUGUGGAGCUGGGUGAGAUCUUCAUGGCGUGGCGGGAGGCGUGCGUGGCGCGGGGGAAGGAGCCCAUCGGCCACCGCCUGGUCUCGGCCUCCUUGUUCCUGCGCUUCCUCUGCCCCGCCAUCAUGUCCCCCAGCCUCUUUGGCCUCAUCCAGGAGUACCCGAGCGAGGCCACGUCCCGCACCCUCACCCUGGUGGCCAAAGUCAUCCAGAACCUGGCCAACUUCACCACCUUUGGCGAGAAGGAGGCCUACAUGGGCUUCAUGAAUGAGUUCUUGGAGCACAACUGGAGCACCAUGACAGGCUUCCUGCAGAGAGUGGCCAGCCCCGAGAGCAGUGGUCACGUGGCCACCUACGACGGCUACGUGGACCUGGCCCUGGAGCUCGCCACCCUCCACCUUCUGCUCUGUGACAUCUUCUCCAGCCUGGACCAGGCCACACAGAAGGAGCUGGAGCCCCUGCCCACCAUCCUCACUGCCAUCAAGGAGGGGACCCCUGUCCCUGUUUCCGUCCGUCUCAGCUCCACCACAGAGCGAAGGCCAGCAGAGAGCUUCAAGCCCGGUUUCGUGCCCCCGCGGGACCUGAGCAAGCACAGCCCCCUCAUCAAGAGCCAGUCCCUGCUCAGCAUCCGCCGGGGCCGGGGCCGGGAGGACGGACCCGACCCGGAGCCAGCCCCGGCCCCUGCCCCGGCAUCGGCCGCGGUCCCGGGCCGGGAGCGCCGCAACGUUCAGCGCACGCAGAGCGUCCCGGCGCGGAGCAGCGGGGCCCGGCGGCACCAGAGCAGCGCCCAGCACCGGGCAGAGCCGGCGGCCGCGGAACCCCCGGGGGCCGUUGGCCCCUGCGAUGCCCCGGGACGCGGGAAGCUCCGCAAGUCCACGGUGCCCUGGCAGCGCUACGUGGAGGAGGUGGCAGCGGCGGUGGCACAGGGCGAGCUCUACGGCAUCCACCCAUGGGAGGAGCAGGCGCGGGUGCUGCGGGCGCUCAGGCAGGAGGUGGAGGCGCAGCAGGAGCAGGCGCGGGCGCUGGAGCUGCGCGUGGCCGAGGCGGAGGAGCGGCUCCGGGGCGCGGAGCGGGAGCGGGAGCAGCAGCGGGAGCAGCUCCGGGGGCUCCGGGGGCAGCUGGAGGAGGCCAAUGCCCGAGCGGGCACGGUGGGAGCCAGGCUGACGGCGGCUGAAGGCAACAGGAAGAAGGACCUGGAGAGGCUGAAGAGCAGCGAGGAGAAGAGCCGGGAGCUGGAGAGCCGAGUGCUGGCGCUGGAGCAGGAGCAGGGGCAGCUGCAGGCGGCCAUCACCCAGGCCUUGGGCCACCACAGGAGGGUGGGCCACCGGGUGCUACGGGACGAUGCCCAGGCCACCAGUGUGUGA